AUGCGAAUAAUUCCUGCGUCAGUGAUGUCUUACUGCAACUAUUGUACGAAGUGGAGCAGGGACAAACAACAUCAUAAAUAUAUUAUCAUUACGUUUUCGUUCCCGACCCAGCGCGAUAUUUGCAAUGCAUACGACGUCAAA